AUGGGCGCGCAACCAUCCUCCUCCCCGAAGGGUGGAGGAGGCCAUGGUAAUGCUGGCGUCGUCCGGCAGUGUGCAAAUGAAGGGUCGCCCAAGUGGCAGGCCUCAGCGUCCGAGAAGGAGGUGCGGCCAGCCCGGAGAUGCUUGCCGCUCGCGUGGACCGGAGCCGGAGAGGCUUCGGAUGAGGAAGAGGCUGACGAUCCAGCCCCGGUCAGGUCGAAGACACUCUCCGCAGAGGCCUGGGAGGCCCGACCUUUCUCGCGGGACUCGACAGCUUCGACGCUGAGCGCAGGAAAAUACAGGGACGAAUUCGGCGCCUGGCGCCCGCAGACUUGUUCUUCGCGGCCAAGUCUCCCGUCCACUGCCUCAGCAUCCAGCUCUGCCAGGAGGCCAUCAAGAAGCACAUGUUCUCGAAGUGAUUCCUUUCGGAGCUCAGCGACCCAUUCCUCUCACAAGCGACAGGAGGCGUCACGGUCCUUGGACCCGGACUGCUCCCAGCCGGGAGCGAAUAGCCGUGAGUUGGCCCUGAAUGACGUGAAGCUCGAAGAUGCGCGGCAGAGAGCUUCAAAGUCUUUAGAAGCUUUACAGGCAAAGCUCCGAGCAUCCCGGAUGCCAGAGAUUCCUCGACAAGCAGAGGUUCUGGCUGCCGUGGCCGAGGACCAACCGGGGCAGAUCCAGGAACCGCUGGAGUCGGUAGUGAGAAUCCGACCUGCAUGGUCCGAAAAACAGAGAGGUGCCUACGCCGAGAGAGACGAGGGAACGGCUUCGACAGCUCUGCGGACAGCAGGUGAAGACAUCAGCGCGGUGAAGACAGUCUCCGGACUGCCACCUCCCAUGCACACGGUGAAGCUGCUGCCCUCUGAAGAGAUAAGCAGAACGCAGCGAACACGGAGGGCGCGCCUGGCAGUUUGGCUUUACGGCUCUGCAACUGGACUCACCCUGCUCUGCUUGAAGGGCCGGCAGCUUUGCAGACCGAACCGGGGUCGCAAGUCAAGCACAGUAUCGCUCCAAAGCGGCGAGCGGCAGCCUUUGAUGGAGAACGACGGCGCAAAGGCGGAGGAGGACGUGGAAGCUGUCCAGAAGAAUGAUGUCAAUGAUGAGUUGGUGCAGUACCAGCUGGCAGUGGGGUUCGUCAUGUACCACAUGACCUACACCUUCUCCGGCUUUAUCCUGGUAUUCUGGGCAUGCCGCCAGGGAUACCUCAACAAGUACGGCCUUGACUGGGAGCUGUACUUGUUCUGGUUUCUAGAGAGUGUUGUCACGCACCUGAUUUGCGGUGCAACUCCCGGCCAGUUCUUGCGCUCCAUCAUGCCGAUCUUCAGUGAGCGCUACGACUUGAUCAAGGACACCGUAAGCAUUGGCGUGUACGCGAACUUGAACAACCUUGUCGGCCACAUCUGCGCCGCCAUCAUUGUUGUCACCAUGCUGCUUCCCAACAUGAUCAACUACCUGGAUCCAGUUACGGCCCGGCUUUCUCGGAUAGCAUAUUGGCCUCAGCAACAAAAUCUCAGCGUCAAAAAGGCUAGCGCCCGGUCCAUAAGUGACAUGCUGACGGUCCUCGCCCAGCAGACAGAGGAAGCAACACGUGGACAUCGUCGUAUGCUGUGCCUCUUUGAGGAUCUACCGCAAUUGUUCGUGGCAGUUGGGUUCUCUGUAUACACAUUCUAUGCAGAAGGCGCCGGUAUCCCUCCGUUCAUCGCCGUCAACAUGGUAGUGGCUUUUGUGAAAACUUGUUCGAUUCUAUUCGGCCGGCCUUUUGUCUUGGCAUGGAUGGCUCUGCACGAUGUGCCAUGGCCAGCCAGCAGUAUUGCUGAGAGGGAUGUUCGCGGUGUGGUCUCGGUCGGUGUGCUCGGUGAGGAGUGGAAGCAGCAAGCCUUCGAAGAGCUCCUUGGCGACAGCCGGGCUCCCAUAUCCUCAAGGCAGGCCGCGGAAGAAGAGCUGUUCAAGCUGUUUCUUGGAUUCAUGGGCCAGGGGGCUUCCGACAUGGACUUCGUGAAGCAUGCACGCUGGCAGCAUACUUUCGAUUGCGUCACCUUGUUGGCCUUGAGCAAGGAGCUGUCAGACAAACAGGCGGACGCACUCGUGCGGAAGUGGGAGGUGAUGAACGACAUACAGUUCCUAUGCCCAGAAAGCCGGCGCGAGAGCUUGGUGUCGUUGCGAAGCAUUGCCGAAAAUGCAGAGAAGGAGCCGGACGGCAGCUUUGUGGCCGCGACAUGGCCGAGGCCCCUUCUAGGUUUGUUGUGGCUUCACUUUUGGAGCAGCGCAGAGGACACUGGCCGUGACCUGGCGAUCUACAUGACUCAAUCGACGAUGGACGAAGCAACAGCUCGCAAGAUCCUCUCGUUUGGCCCGCCCGCAAUGAUCGUGGCUCCUUGGGAAGACUUCCAAGAAGAGGCUGGUCUCUUGGUGCGCCUCGCAUUUUCGGAUGAGGAUUUCCAAGCUCAGGGGAGGACCUGGUCAGGAAGGAGCUUGCUGAGGGCAAGCGGCAAGCUCUUUGAGAGCCAGCAGGAUUCUGUUUUGCAGGAAGCUUGUUAUGCGGUGCAGUGGCUUGGUGAGUCCACGCUCAAGCUUUAUCGGCAGAACUUACUGGAGCUUCUAAGCCACCAGGAGAGAGGAGUUCAAAAUGCAGCCUUUCGUGCAUUGUUUUAUUGGGGUCAAAUCGACGAUGCAUUGAACGCCAUGACCGGCUCUGCCGCCGAUAACCUUCACCGUUGGGAUUGGCAGAGCAUCAAGCUGGCCCCGGCAUGCAUCGGCAUGGCGUUGACGGCCUCUCAUGCAGAAUCCCUACUGGCAGUUGUGCUCCUCGCAGAAGCCAGUGACUUUCAGUCGCCUAGCGUCUACGGUUUACUGUCCCAAGGAGAUGAGCAGUGUGACAGCUUUGUGCAGAAGAAGCUAGCGGAGAUGGUUUUGGCAGGUCGCAUGGACAAAGCCAAGCUCUUGGCCCGCGCCAUCCAGUCGCCAAGUGCGGAAUGCUUUGAUGUUCUUGUGCAGCUUGUGAAGCAAGCGCACUCCCCGAUUUCUCGGGGCCCCGAGGACUUUUCGAUGUUCGAUGCGGUGCAGUUGCUGCAGCGCUGGGCAGGCAAGCUCACGGGCGGGCAGAUCCAGGACUUGGUGAAGGAGCUGUGGGCAUCAGGUGACAAUGCUUUCCAGGAUACCUUUCCCUACGGCGUAUGCUCCGUGCUCCAGGCCUUGGUUAACACACCGGAGGCUGUGGCUUGCAUCCCGCGACUUGUAGAGAUCGCCAGAGGGCAGGGUCGCCCAGAGGUGCAGGAGGCUGUAUGCAUGGUGCUGCAUCGAUUCGGCACUGUCCCGGACAUGUUGCCUCAGUUGGGUGAACUGGCCUAUCUCCUGCGGGACAGCCACAGCAGGACCCGCCGGGCAGCUUGCCACGUCUUUGAAUCUCAAGAUGCGAUCCCUCUCUUGGCUAAGUAUGUGCCUAUGCUUCUCUCCGUUGCCCUCGAGGAUGUGGAUCAGAAUGUGCGCGAGGCAGCAUGGUCAGCGCUUGUCAGGCUGGACGUCGUCAGCAACGGACUGACAGAUUCGGAGGCCAGGCAGCGAGUUUCUUCAGUUGCCAAUGGCCUGGACACGCAUGAGAAAGAACUUGGCUCCAGGGCUCUUGCUGAUGCUUGCUGUGCUGCAUGUUUGAUUCCCGCCGAUGAAGUGAGCCAGGGAAUCGUGGAGGCACUGUCAAGGCUGGCCACCGUUCGAAUUGACGGCGACUUGGUCAUCGGCAACAAGGAGGUCGAAGCAAAGCAGAAGACAAAGCUGAUGGCAAGAACGGCACUGUGCCAACUUCGAAGACACGAUGCCAUCGCAGAAGCCGUCGUGGCCAACCCAACGGAGGUCGACACAUGGACUUGGACUCUGAUGCGCAUCGAGUCCGUCACUGCUGCGCAGCUCGCGGAGGCGGCACCCUUUCUAUUCCGCUAUGCGGCAAAGGAAGACAUCAUCAUUUCCCGCAAUGCACUUGAGCGUCAAGCCAAGGAAGCUGCUGUAAAGAAGCUGCGCAGUGGCAAGUCUCCUGCAGAACAUCCCUCGUUUCUGUCUUAUCUCGCGGCUGCCGGCGCUUCGGGGUAUGAUAGGGACGGUCGAGAAGUUGAGUGGGUCUUGGGUGACGAUGCUCUGCGAAAGCUUAGGAUUCACAGAUUUUGA